UCGCGGUAUUGCGAGGUUCCAGCGCUUUCAAGCCAACGGACAAGUUUGACCACCGUACAGCGACCAGCAAUUCCUCUAUUCUCCUCCUCAUACUCAUACUCGUCGUCCUUAGGUUAUCCUUUCCAUAUAAAUAAACUCAAGAUCAAUAAACAGUCGGAGAGCGCUGUAUGCCCUCCUACUCUAUCUCAGAGGACACUAGGUCUUCAAGCGCACCUAGACCUCGUCGUGUUCUCGUUUUAUCAAAUCCAGAUCCAGGUGACUCAAGUAGUAGCGAGGAUGAACGUCCUCGUUACCCGCACCACCACCCUCAGGCUUCUAACUCAUCCUUGAACCAACAUUCUACUUCAUCAAUCCCCCCUACAGUCAGUCGUCCCGUAAAACCCCGUCCCACUCCCCCCUUGACAACUGAUCUACCCCACCACUAUCCUCCUUCGCGUUCAAAUCCUAACCUCUCCUCGCCUUCGAGUCAGAGCUCAAAUGCAGUCGAAUCUACUCCUCCACCAAGCACUCCUGGUCAAACAGGACCCUCGGAUUUGAAUGCUUCCGUUUUUACCAUCGAUGAUGGUACAGCGCCUGGUGAACGUACUGAGACCGCUCAACCUCCUACUCGUCUCCAGAAGAUCGCAGAUGUCCUCCACUUGCGCAAUCGCAGACCCUCUUCACAUCAUCGACAUUUGGGCUCUGAAUCUUCUCUCCACUCUCUGUCCCCUUCUUGUUCCUCGCCGACUAUUCCUCCUCCGCCUGAAUGGGUCAUUAUGGUCACCUAUGACUGUCAUGCCUACACAGCUGUCAAUAUCACGAAUGCAAAUAGCGCGGCUUUCAUCUGGGAACGCAUUUUUGCCGAACUCCAAGUACCAUACGAAGAUCAGUCAGGACAGCUUUCCAUUUAUCGCACACAAGUCGGCAGAGUCGCAAUCGGUGAACCGCUAUCACACGAUCGCCUCAUUCGGCUGGUCCGUGAGCAAGGCGACAAUGUCGGCAGUUUGAAGUUCCUGGUUUGCCAUCCUCAAGCGAGAGUUCAGGAGCCUUCGCUCCCAAGUUCGCCGGUCAAGCCCAUGCCCCCGCCUCCGGUCUUGCCGGUAGUGUUCAGUCCCUUGGUCCCGAGACCGCGAACAGCCAAGUCUUCUAAGCAGGAGAGUGUAUCUUCUGAAGAUCCAACCCCCGAUGCAGGCUAUGAGCCGUCCGUGAUAUCUGACGACAUCGAUGAUUCAGACAACAGGAGUACGAUGAGGCCAGCUCCUCACCCCAAUUUGACAAAUUCUUCCAACAGCAUGUUAUCGUCACCACCACAGAGUGCACGAUAUGAAGACCGUCAACCUUCUCCCGCAUCCGCAAAAACACCGUAUUCGUCCGUUGAUCGUCAUCGUUACGAUCUGCCUCAGGGACAGGGCCUUCCCUCUUCUCAAUCUACUCCCAUUUACGAGGAUUUCCUCUCUACCCCUAAACGUCACUUGCGGAGAGGCUCAGAUGCAGACGUAGCGGAACAAGCACUUCGCGAUGCUGAACGUGCAGCGGAGCAGGACGCAGAAUGGGCAAAACUACAGGAUAAGGGUAUCACUCGGGUGAAAGCUAUUAGACAGCGACCAGAAAGAUCGACAACCUCCGACGACCAGCGGUCGGAUUCUCGAAUCACAGCCGCCAGCGAGUCAAUGACGAGGAAACCUUCUCCACCAUCGUCGUCGGGAAUGACGCGUUCGCCUUCGAAUAAGAGGAAACCGUCACGCCCUGAAUAUUGUGAUCGCACAUCUCAGAACAGGCAGAAGGUGGGCGGAGGCAAGCUUGUUCCAGCACGCUUCCUAUCUGGUCACAAGCCAGCCGAUUCCACGACUCCUACGAAGCCACCACUCAAUAAAUCGAAGAGCACAGAGGCUUUCAAGAUCCCGAUGCCUCCUCUUCAAACGCCCAUGCUUCGCACUUCACCAAGUCGGCCCCAUCUUGCUACUUCGUCCAAUUCGGGCGCUAGUAAUUCUUAUCCAAGACCCCUAGAACUUGGACCCAGACCCAAACCGUUCCCUUCAAGUAGGCCCGAUAAUGUCAAUGUGGAUACCACCACAUAUACUCGCGCUCAACAACCAUUAGCGAGCGGCACUCUUAGCUACCUGUCACCCACCCAGGAACCAUACCCGCGUCCACACUCUGCCUCGCCCUCUCAGCAGCGCUACCCUGGCAAUGAUGUUCAUCGCGACCGUGAAGAAUUCCGACCCACUCACCAAACUCAGUCCAGCAGUGGCUCUUCAAGGUUUGGUGAUGUUGUCCUGAGGGAGGAUAACUUUGGGAUCCCCCUUCCGCCGUCUCUAAGACCUGGUCCUUAUACCGUUUCUCCAGCUCGUACCAAUCCUCAGCCAGAAACUCCUCCUCGCAGCCCCGUCACAUCUCGACCGAGUACGUCCAAUAGUACAUCUGCACUUACAUUCACUUCCACUGGGACGAUGGUGCCCUCGACCUUCAGGAACGAAUCUGGUACCAGCAGCCAGGAGAGUACAGCAACGGAGUCCACCAUACGUCCGGACGAAAGGGACAAGCUGGUCUGGGAUAUCAGAUCCUUCAGUUCUUCCAAGCCAUCUUUAUCAUCUACGGAUUCCUCAGACGAUGGAGUUGGCACCAAUGAAACUUACGGGACAGCGUCUUCUGAUUUGUGGUCACGAAAACCCAUGUCAGAAACUAGCGACACCACUAAGGCAUCUGUGCUUGGUACCAGACCAAGUCCUCCACGUCCCGCUCUUAACGUCAUCACUCCAAGCUCCGGUCCUGGGGGUAUGAUGCGCGGUGUCCCACCCAAUUUCCCAGCACCGCCGACUUUCAUGCCUCAGCCUCACUUACGCCCUCCUCGGCCGCGUACGCCGAAGAAUAGGCACAAGAGCAGCACAUUUGAGGAGUAUACGUGGGCACAUCGUCCCCCUCCGGAGGAUGUCUACGACCGCCUUGAAGAGUUCUUCCCGGAGCAUGAUCUUGACAAACCCGUCAUUGAAGCUAAUUCUGGCGGAACGUCGCCUACUACCGUAGAACAGACCUACGGAAUUCCAAACGUCGUUGAUAGAGACAAGGCGCUAGUUCGACCGAAGAAGUCCAUCCGUAUCGUAGCGGAAGAGCAUAAAAAGCGAAUAGAUCGUGUUUCCAGGGGUGAUCCAUUAACCGACACAAGCAUCUGGCGGAAGAGGAGCACGAAGUUAUGGGGCAGUCGUAUCGAGGAAGUCAAUACCUCGUCGCAGACGAAGGCGACCUACAACAAGACACAUCCUGACUCCCCGGCGGGUGGUCCUAGACCGAUCUUCAAAUGGGUCCGUGGUGAACUUAUCGGCAAAGGAACGUACGGUCGCGUAUAUCUUGCCCUCAACGCCACCACGGGCGAGAUGAUCGCUGUCAAGCAAGUUGAAAUCCCCAUAACCGCUAGUGACAGAAAAGACAGCCGUCAAAUGAGUUUCGUGCAAGCACUCAAAAUGGAAAGUGAGACGUUGAAAGAUCUCGACCAUCCUCAUAUCGUGCAGUACCUUGGAUUCGAGGAGACACCGACGUUCUUGAGCAUCUUCCUGGAAUACGUGCCCGGUGGUUCGGUUGGAAGUUGUCUGCGAGAUCACGGUAAAUUCGACGAGGAAGUUACGAAAUCAUUCACUGGACAGAUUCUCGAGGGCUUGGAAUAUCUUCAUUCCAAGAACAUUAUUCACCGAGAUUUGAAGGCAGACAACAUCUUGGUAGAGAAAACAGGCAUCUGCAAGAUCUCCGACUUUGGGAUUUCGAAACGCACAGACGAUCUCAAUGGAAUGGCGUCUACGGCGAUGCAGGGCACGGUCUUCUGGAUGGCGCCAGAAGUCAUACAUCCCCAGAAAAAAGGCUAUAACUCCAAAAUCGACAUUUGGAGUGUAGGCUGCGUUGUACUUGAGAUGUGGGCAGGGAAGCGACCAUGGAGUGAUGAUGAAGCUAUAACAGUCAUGUUCAAAGUAUACCAGAAUAAGCAGCCCCCGCCCAUACCUUCCGAUGUGUUACUAUCCGAUCUUGCAAAAGACUUCAAGGAUAGAUGCUUCGCAAUUGAUCCGGAGGAACGCGCAAGCGCUGCGGACCUUCAGCAACAUCCAUACCUGGAACUUCCAGACGGCUGGAUAUUCAACGACUUUAAGUAGGACCUCAUUCGGACAUAUUCUUCAACAUCAUUCCCUAUAUCCCCAAUUUCUUAUCGCAUUUACUCUCAUUUGUCCCAAUCGCGCAUCUUUCUCUGUUGUUCCGCAUGCUGAUUUGUUUCAUAAUGACCUUUAUAAUUUUUGUACUUGUGGGGAGGGUGUGCUCGUAAUGGCUUCACGAAUCCGAGUUAACUCGAUUGGUUGCGGGAGUAGUGUCACAUCACUAGAAUUUGGUAGACGACAAUGAUAUCCUCACGCUUGCACAACGGACGAAAU